AUGUCGUUCGACCAGUUGUCGUCUCUCGAAGCCGGCCAGCGCCGGGACGGGAACUCGGGCGGCUUCUCCGACGACCCCGACUUCCAGCGCUUAUCGCAACAACUCAACAGCAAGCUCUUCAAGCUCCAGAGCAACAUCUCCAGCCUCGGCCGCGACAUCAGCAGACUAGGGACUUCCAAAGACAAUGCGCGUGUUCGUGAGCGAGUACACGAGCUGCUGGAGGAGUCGAGAGACAUGUUCAAGGAAGUUGGCGAGGGAGUGAAGAAGGUCCAAGCUUGGGAGGAUGUCACGCCGACCCAACGUUAUACACAACAAAAGUUGUUCCGGGAAUUCCAGAGCUCGUUCUCUGAAUUCCAAAGUCUCCAGCGGCAGGCCCUCGAGAAACAAAAGGCGUCAGUCUCGGCCGCUCGUGCCGCAGCAGAAGACCCCGAGGGGGCAGCUCACGGCCACUCCGAGUCAUUGGAACAACAACAGCAACAAGAACUGUCUCGCUUGGCAGUCCAAGAUGAGGUGGACUUCCAGGAGGCGUUGAUCAUUGAGCGCGAGGAGGAAAUCCGCAACAUCGAGCAGGGUGUUGGUGAUCUGAAUGUGCUAUUUACCCAGGUCGCUGAGAUGGUCGGGCAACAGGGUGAGCAGCUCGACACCAUCGCCGACAAUGUUGAGAACGUGAGGGUGGAUACGCGCGGAGCCGACUACGAGUUGCGGAGCGCGGCGAGGUAUCAGAAGAACGCACGGAGCAAAGCAUGCUGCUUAUUGCUGGUGCUUGCUGUGAUUCUGACUAUCGUUCUGCUUGCCAUCUUUCUCGGUUAA